AUGUGCUGGGCCAAUUUGGCACUGUCAUGCAAUUGCAACUGGAGAUGCUCAGAAUUUUCAGUGAGGGCCAUUAACCAGCCAUUCCAAGGACAAAUUAAGUUGACAUGGAAAACUCAUGAGCCUAUAUGGGUAAAUCAGUGGCCCAUGAAAAAGGAAUGGCUUGCUCACUUAAGAGAAUUAGUUCAAGAGCAACUCGAUGCAGGAUAUAUAGUGCCAACCUCCAGUCCGUGGAACACUCCGGUGUUCUGCAUACCCAAGAAAAGUGGCAAGUGGAGGAUGCUACAUGACCUAAGAGCAGUUAACUCAGUGACAGAACCUCUAGGGACAUUACAGCCAGGACUUCCCUCACCUGCUAUGCUUCCAGCAUGAUGGCCAUUAGUGGUAAUUUAUUUAAAAGACUGUUUCUUCACCAUUUUUCUACACCCCAACAAUGCGCCAAAAUUUGCUUUCUCCAUCCCCACUCUAAACCACGCACAGCCCAUUCAGAAGUACCACUGGAUUGUUUUGCCUCAGGGGAUGAGAAACAGCCCGACUAUUUGUCACACUGUUGUGGCAAAGGCUAUCCACCCUAUUAGAAGGCUUCAUCCCUCAGCAAUCAUUUACCACUACAUGGAUGACAUCUUGGUCGCCGUGGCCAAAGAAACUGAAUUAUAA